UUCAUCGAAAUUCUUAGAUGAAGAUGAUUUACACUCUUUUUCUUUUCGCUCUUCUGUCAUCAGCUUGCCAUGCUUUUGUCAAUGAUUUCUGCGUAGCAAACCUAAAGGGUCCUGAUGGCCCUUCAGGCUACGAGUGCAAGCAACCCAACACAGUGACAGUGGAUGACUUUGUGUUCUCAGGUUUUGUAGCUGGAAACACCUCAGGAAUUUUCAAUGCUGCAGUAACACCUGCAUUUGUGACUGAACUUCCAGGUGUGAACGGUCUUGGUUUAUCUGCAGCACGGUUAGACCUAGCCAAAGGUGGAUUUGUUCCGGUGCACUCACAUACUGCUUCAAGUGAAAUAAUGAUAAUGGUGAAGGGUGAAAUCACUGCAGGGUUCAUAACACCUUCUGCAGCUUAUCAGAAGACACUGAAACCAGGAGAUGUUAUGGUUUUCCCACAAGGACUCUUGCAUUUCCAAGUGAAUUCUGGUAAGGGAAAAGCCACUGCUUUUCUUGCUUUCAGUAAUCCAAGCCCAGGAGCUCAACUACUUGACCUUCUUUUAUUCGGCAACAACUUGCCUUCUGAGUUGAUUUCUCAAACUACUUUGCUUGAUUAUGAACAAGUGAAGAAGCUUAAGGCUCGUUUUGGUGGCAGAGGAUAGGAAUAUUUCUCAUGAGUUCAUCGUUCAUCGUUCCUAUGUUUGUUUUGUUUCUGAUCACAGUCAAUAAUGAUGUUUUGCAUGUAUUUUCCAUUUUGAUGUUGAAGAUUUCAUGAAAUAGGGAGCACGUUGGGAAGUAGGGUUAAGUUAAGAUCUGCUUCAACUUGAUUAGUUUACUUAAUUAUAUCUUCCAUCUGAUAUUGUUUACUUUUGUUAUUCAAGAAUGAUGUCGUAGUAUCACUUGUACCAAGAUGUGUCUUGUGUAGAUGAUUUGCAACUAAGCCAAAUAAUAGUGCAUUUGCAUAUCAA